GUGGUCCGGCUGCACCCGGUCAUUUUGGCCUCCAUCGUGGACAGCUACGAGCGACGCAACGAGGGUGCUGCCCGAGUCAUCGGGACUCUGCUGGGAACCGUUGACAAGCACUCAGUGGAAGUCACCAACUGCUUUUCAGUGCCGCACAACGAGUCAGAGGAUGAGGUGGCUGUUGACAUGGAAUUUGCUAAGAACAUGUAUGAAUUGCACAAGAAAGUCUCUCCAAAUGAGCUCAUCCUGGGCUGGUACGCUACAGGCCAUGACAUCACAGAGCACUCUGUGCUGAUCCAUGAGUACUACAGCCGGGAGGCCCCCAACCCCAUUCACCUCACCGUGGACACGAGCCUCCAGAAUGGUCGCAUGAGCAUCAAGGCUUAUGUCAGCACUUUAAUGGGUGUCCCUGGGAGGACCAUGGGGGUGAUGUUCACACCUCUGACGGUGAAGUACGCGUACUAUGACACUGAGCGCAUUGGCGUUGACCUGAUCAUGAAGACCUGUUUUAGCACCAACCGGGUGAUUGGACUCUCAAGUGACUUGCAGCAAGUAGCAGGGUCCUCGGCUCGCAUCCAGGAUGCCCUCAGCACAGUGUUGCAGUAUGCGGAGGACGUGCUGUCUGGAAAGGUGUCCGCUGACAAUACUGUGGGCCGCUUCUUGAUGAGUCUGGUUAACCAAGUACCCAAGAUCGUUCCCGAGGACUUCGAGACCAUGCUCAACAGCAACAUCAAUGACCUACUGAUGGUGACCUACCUGGCCAAUCUCACCCAGUCACAGAUUGCCCUCAACGAGAAACUUGUCAACCUGUGAAUGGCCCCAGCAGUAGGACUCAGAGUGGAGUGAAGUGGAAAUGGCUUCUUGUGGUUUGAGUCACACUGAGUGAGUCAGCUGCUUGUGACUCUAAAUAAACAUAGCCUAUCUUUUGUAAAUGA